AUGGCUCAGUCAUUUGAAAUUAUGGAAAGCGAAAAUUGGAAGAUUUAUAAAAGGGCGUACCCUCAUAUUACGUCCAAAGAAUUUUCCAGAAUCGCCGGCAAACUAUGGGGAAAUUUAUCUCAAGAAGAUAAAAAUUUUUAUUUAAAAAAAUCAGAAGAAAAUAGGCAAAGUGUGAUGAAUGAAUCGGAGGGCGAAUCGGAAGGUUUCCAAUUCGUUUAUGAGAACAACAAUAUACCCGAUUUUUAUCAUAACGAUACCGAUAAUUAUUGGGAGAAUUACAUCCCUCACUUUUACGAUUAUACCGCGUUUAAUUAUUAUCCAUUCAUGAAUCAAGAAGAGUUGUUUUACCUCUCACAAAACUUUUAUUAUACUCAAUAUGAAAUUGAAGAUUAUAAUUCGUGCUUUUUACCUACCGAAUAUUAUUUCUUUGAAAAUAUCGACAUCGCUGCCUAUCAAAGUGGUGAAGUUUCGAAUUCGAACGAAACCAAUGAUGAAUCAUUUGACAAUCACUCAAUGAUGGAAUAUUAA